ACUAACUGAACCAAGCUGGGAAGCCACCCAUGCGAUGACGUCACGAGGCUCUGACAAGCUGGUGGUGCCGGAAGAAAAGAUGGCGGAUCAUGAGGAGCAGCUAUCCGACGAGGAAAAGGUACGCAUAGCAGCUAACUUCGUCAUCCACGCCCCACCAGGAGAGUUCAACGAAGUUUUCAAUGAUGUGCGAUUGCUGCUCAACAAUGACAAUCUUCUCAGGGAAGGUGCAGCUCAUGCAUUUGCACAGUACAACUUGGACCAGUUUACCCCAGUGAAAAUCGAGGGCUACGAAGAACAGGUCUUAAUCACAGAGCAUGGUGACCUUGGGAAUGGCCGGGUCCUGGACCCCAAGAACAAGAUCUCCUUCAAGUUCGACCACCUGAGGAAGGAGGCCAGCGACCCGCGGCCUCAUGACGUCGACGGCUCCCUGGAGGGCUGGAGGAGCGCCGUGGACUCAGCCGUCAGGGCCUACGUCAAGGAGCACUAUCCCAGCGGAGUCUGCACCAUUUACGGGAAAACCAUCGAUGGACAUCAAACCAUCAUCGUGUGCAUCGAGUGCCAUCAGUUUCAACCAAAAAACUUCUGGAAUGGACGCUGGAGGUCAGAAUGGAAAUUUACCAUCUCCCCCUCCACCACUCAAGUGGCAGGAAUCAUGAAAAUCCAGGUUCAUUACUAUGAGGAUGGAAAUGUUCAGCUGGUGAGCCACAAAGAGGUCCAGGAGUCCAUGUCAAUUUCUAACGAGGCUUCAACUGCAAAGGAGUUUGUUAAGAUCAUGGAGGCUGCAGAGAACGACUAUCAGACGGCCAUCAAUGAGAAUUACCAGACCAUGUCGGACACUACCUUCAAAGCCUUACGCCGCCAGCUUCCUGUGACACGCACCAAGAUCGACUGGAACAAGAUCCUGAGCUACAAGAUCGGCAAGGAGAUGCAGAACGCUUAAAAACAACGGAGAAGACAACAGACAACUCCCACCCCC